AUGGAAGGUCGAGUUGCGUCGGCUAAGACGGAUCCGGAGACCGCCUCCGACGCCGUUGCCUCGACCUAUAAGUUUUCCUUGUAUUCCACACUCGUUCACACUAUCUUUUCGAAAAUAAUUCUGUUAGGGUAUAUGGUAGACGACUUGCCUAAUCUCUUUGUGCUUUUGCUUGCGGUUAUCGUUCCCCUGAUUCUUUGGCAGUACCGGUCUCUACGAGCAAAAUGUGUUUUGAGCUUGGCUCAAUGCGAGGAAUUCUUUGAGUAUACUUCAGGGAGGUGGUUGUAUAAUGAAGAUAAGCAGUUGGCUCUGAGAUAUGUGCGGUUCAACGUAGACGCUCUUCAACAAAUUGCCGCAGCAGCCAUAGGCGCAUCAUAUUGUACUUCCAUUACCAAAACCCAUGAAGGUUCAUAUAACAAAAUCUUCCGCCUUAAAUUCGACAAUAACCGCGAAAUAAUAGCCAAAAUACCGACCAAACUUAUCCCUCCAUUCUACACGACGGCAAGCGAAGUUGCCACAAUGGACUAUGUGCGCACCGUUCUUAAAAUUCCCGUCCCAGAAGUACUCGCCUAUAGCGCCCGCGCCGAUUCGACACCCGUCGGUACCGAGUUCAUACUCAUGCGCCCAGGCUCGGGGAGUGAACUGCGGAAACGCUGGGAUUCGAUGAGCGAAAUGGAUGCGAAAGCAGUGAUUGAUUAUGUGUUGCGCGCCGAGUCCCAGUUUGCCAGUUACCAGUUCUCCCAAAUUGGAAGCAUUUAUUAUGUGGAAGAUGUCGAGCCCGCUCUUCGCCAGCGCCCGUUGUAUCGGGAUGGAUCAGGCCCCCACGAAGGCGCUGAUAGAUUCCGAAUUGGCCCAUCGACCGAAUGGGCGCUGUGGAGGGGCGCUAGAGCCGAGUUGCAAGUUCAUCAUGGACCAUGGCCAGAUGUCAAGUCAUACAUCGAAGGCAUUGUACGAAUUCAUCAAGCCUGGCUCUCGAGCCACGCACGGCAACAUAAAGUCCAAGUUCCACCCCGAAGUCCGGAAGACCUCGAUCCAAAGGCUCACCAACAACUCCUGGAGAAGCUUGUUUCUCUAUCGUCUCAACUUGAGGUUCUUCCUGAUUUACAGGCCAAUGUCUUAUGGCACAAGGAUUUACAUGCAAGAAACAUCAUGGUCGAUAAAUCUUCGCCACCCUCAAUCCAGCUGAUUGAUUGGCAAAGCACUUCUGUCGGACCAGUGUUUCAACAAGCUACAUUCGCCAUCUUUGCCCAAUACCAUGGAGACCCACGCAUCAAGCUCCAUAACAAUGCUCGGCUCCCUGACGAUUUUGACUCUCUACCUUGGCACGAAAAGAUCUAUCUCAGACAUCAACAUCGACUCGCCCUCCGACAUCUUUACUACUGCUCAGGGGUGGAGCCUAGGAGUUUGAAUGCACAGCAAUGGGUUCGUGAUACGCGCCUCCGGUCUGCGAUUGAUGAGGCAAGCCGUACUUGGGAUCUAGGCCUAGGCCCAUUUCGCCAACACUUGUCAGUUCUGGCUAUCGCUGCGGGAGUCGAGGAGUCGACGGGCUCUUUUAUAGAUAGUGAUAACCAAGACCGGAUCCAAGUUUACCACGAUAAAGUGUCGCGACUAUACAAGGAGCUGGGUAUCGAGGGCGAUGGUUGGGUAUCUUCCGAAGACUAUGAGGAUAUCCAUACCUUGAAUCAGCAGCGGAUGGAAGAUUGGGAUGAGAUGGCCGCUGGCGGCCCGUAUCCCAUUACCGAUGGAGCCCCUUCUUGGUUUGUUACAUAG